UUGCUUAUCUGCUUUCCCUGUUUGUCAAUAUGCAUCUCCCAAUUGUCUUGUUGCAUUGAGAUUUCAGUUUCGUGGCAUGAAAGGCUCUGUUUAAUAAUAUGAAUUUAAUUGAUACACUGUCGAUUCGCCUUGUUCUUAACGCAAUUGAGUUGUGUGGAUGACAAUUUUUCGGAAUUUUAUUUUUCGAGAAGUUACGAUAUGAAGGCAUUAUUAUGUAUAUUGCUGAUAGGAAAGUGAGAUUUUUGAGUUGCCCAAUUGUUGAUAGCUUUUGCUGAGCAGAGGGGACGAAUACAUUCGUGCCAUUUUUGUCCUUGAGAGUAUUGGCCAGCAUUCUUAUGAAUCAGUGCAACCGUGCAGCUGAAUAAGAAACAUAUGGAGCUUCCGUUUAGCAAGAGUAUUCACGUAUGAUAAACCACGACAUAGCAGAUACUACCAUGGAUGGCUGCAGAGAAUCCAGAAGGAAUUCCAACGAUCAACAAUCUUCUGGAACGUCUGGAAGCAUAUCAUGUCCAACAACUGCAAGCAUAAACCAAGAAGAGCAGUCCAAAUCAAGAAAGGUUAGUUUGUCCUAUGCUGAUCUUCAUUAUGAGAUUACAAAAGAUGUAAACUGUAUUCCACCUAAUUCUACUGGGAACCGCCAAAAACAGGGGAUUGAUAGAAAGAAGAGUGAAGAAGAGGAACUUGUUAAGUACAUGUCCAAGUUGCCAAGUUACCUUGAGAGAGGCAAAAACCUUCAGGAGAAAGUUUUAAAUGUAGGUGUCCUAGACUGGGGGCGCCUAGAAAAAUGGCAGCAUAGACAUAAACAGAUGCCAUACAGAAGUAGCAGGAAUUCACCAUCAAGUAGUAAUACAACCUCAUGUUUUUCGACGGAUGAAUCAUCAACCCAUUCUAGCCGAGGCCAUAGUUGUUCUCCUGCUCAACCGAGGGUGCAUCGUCCUUCACUGGAAUCUCAUUUCAUCAAAUCUCCAAUAGAAGGCCAUUCUGAAGUUGUCGACAGUUUUAGAAAGACGGCUGAAACAUUUAAAGAUCUAAAAGCCGGCGGGAGUAGCACCUUGAAUGGGCUGGAAAAUUUUAUUGGAACAGAUAAGUCUUUAUGCAAAAACCGCCCAGACAUCAAGGUGGAACAGUACAUGAGAAAAGAUUCUGACCCAAAGAGUGAGCCAAAAAAAGGAGUUUUGCGGAGUGGCCCUCAUGAAACUGCAGCUCAUGGUGAAUUAAUGAAGAAAUCAGAGAACUUAGAUAAAUCUUAUUCAGAAAGUUCUGAACGAGAUAUCCCUGAAGGAUGCCAGAAAGUUGUUCUGCUUUUGCCAAGAGAUUUUCCUGCAAACAAAGAUUCUGGUGUUUCCAACCUAUCUGAUUCAAUAAAACUGCUUCAUCAAAGAGAAGCAAAAGCAACCCAAGGAAGAUUUUCAGAUAGACCUAAGGAGGCCUGUCAUGCAGAGCUCAGAACUGUUUUGUCAAACUCGUGCCCUUUUUCUUCUGAAGCUGAAAGUCAACACUCUCAGGUAAAACAGCUUGGCUCUACAGAUGCUACGAGUAUCAGAUUGCAAUCUAGUGUACCUAGCUCAGCAACACAAUCAUUUAAAACAGGAACAAGCUCAUCGAGAGGCAUAAAAGUAGAAGAGAAAAAAACAGCUGUAGCAUCCACAUCUUCAACUAUAAGUGAGCCUUAUAAAGGAUUGGAACUGAAACCAAGCAAAGCAAUUGCUGAAAAAGUAAGGAGCACUUCACCGUUUCGCCGGUUUAGCAUUGGUGUGGGCAAGACGGGCAAGAGUUCCAGUUCCAAGGACUGUUUAGAUGUACAGCAGCUGAGCUCAACAUCUUUUUCGGCCAACCUUGGUUCCGAGAACACUGUGACUUCCACUUACACGGAUACUUCAGAUGGUGAUAAGUCCAAUGCCACUGGCAGAGCCAAGUCGAGCCCUCUGAGAAGGUUACUGGAUCCACUGCUGAAGCCAAAGGUGGCUAACUGCCAUCACGUAGUGGAGUCAUCAGAGAAAGGUUCCAUAUCAAAAAAUAAGGUGCGCAAAUCAUCUGAGGGUCGUGUGGAUUCUUUGUCUGAACAGCCAGGGAAGGUAAAACUAGGUAUGACUGGUUGUAGGACAAUUAAUGUCAAUGAGUCAGCUAUGGUCAAGAAGAGUGGAUCCGCUGCAGUUCAAGCUCUUCUACGAGUUGCAGUUAAGAAUGGCCAGCCCCUGUUCACAUUUGCGGUUGAGAAUGACAUUAACAUACUUGCAGCCACAAUGAAGAAGUUAAAUACCUCCAAAAAUGAUGACUGCAGCUGCAUCUACACGUUCUUCAGCUUCCGGGACGUCAAGAAAAAGAUAGGAACUUGGAUGCAUCAAGGCAGCAAAAGCAAGAGUCAUGACUAUGUCCGUAAUGUUGUUGCUCAAAUGAAGGUUGCUGAUUCUCAGUUUCCCAAUUUGGUCAGAUUGGAUGGCUUUAGCGUAAGAGAGUUUGUUUUAUUCUCUGUAAACCUGAGACAGGGAGAUUGUCAAACCUCAGACUUCCAGCCAAAUGAUGAGCUUGCUGCUGCUGUUGUCAAAAUCCCGAAAAAGAUCAAUCAGCAGUCUACCGCAGUUUGGCAUGACAGGGAUAACUGUAGUAUCUUUCCUGCGGUUGGUUCAGAUGAGUGUUUGUCAAGGGUAAGACGCCAUUCUUAUUCUGGGGAAGCUGUAGAUGGUAAGCCUUUUGUUGGUACUCAAGGCCUUAGUAGCACAACAGUGAUACUUCCUAGUGGUACCCAUAGUCUACCAAGCAACGGAGGACCAUCAUCUCUGAUUGAACGUUGGAGUUCAGGGGGAUCAUGUGACUGUGGAGGUUGGGAUUUGGGUUGCAAACUUAGGAUAUUUGACAAUCAGAAUCAAGUCAGCGAGAAAUUGACUUCACAUAAAGUUCGCCACAUCCCAGAUCGGUUUGAGCUUUUUUCUGAGGGAGGAAUCCAAGAAAACCAGCCUGCUUUUAGUUUGGCCCCAUUCAAAGACGGGAUCUAUUCAGUUGAGUUCAAUCCUUCACUCUCAGUCUUGCAAGCAUUCUCUAUUUGUAUAGCAGUAUUAGAUAGUCGGAAUCUAUGUGAGUUCUCCGGGUUAAGGAACUCGCUACAAGAAAAACCUUUUGGGGAAACGAUGUUAAUGCAAAAUGAUGGAUUAAGUGCUCCAAAUCAAAUGGAAGGGGAAGUUCCUGCAAGAUAUGCCUCAUAUCCCCCGCUGUCUCCAGUUGGGAGGGUCUAGUUUUACAGUGAUUUCCUCUUGACGUUACAGUAUAUCUUCAUUUGCCCGGGUUAACAUUGUACAAAAUCUGCAGUUGGCGCCUUAACUUGUAUUGCUUUUUGAUUCAUGAUCCCCGGGCAGACAACAGGAGUCAGUUUUGCAGAUCAGUAAAUGUCAGAAGCAAAAUAUGAAGCAAUUCAUAUGUAUUGUGAGUGUAAGUGUUUAAUCUAUGUAAAUGUGCUUAUAGUAACUGAAUAGUAUGUUGCUUUUCACUUGAAUUUCAAUAAACUCUCUCUCUCUCUC